AUGAAUUCAUCGCCGGGAGAUGCCGGAGAUUUUGAAAGGACAUACAGCAAUGCUAGUAAAUCCUAUGCGGAAAACACCGCAAGGGAGUAUGGGAACAAUGGCUAUAAUGAUUAUAUAGAUUACAAUUCGAAUUUUGCUUCUGGAAACGAGUAUGAUGCCCGUCCUUCGUAUUCGACAAUGAAUUCCCAGGAUUUUCAGUAUCCUUCUAUUGAAAAUUCGGGUUAUUUACCAUCCUAUCCUUCUAAAGACGAUAAUAUAAUGAUGGCAGAUGACUUAAUGGAGAAUUCCAAGUAUCAUGCAGAUGCCUACGGGUUUGAUGGUAAAAACUUUGGGAGUCGACUAGAAAUGGAUGAUUCUUUCGCUGAUGCUCAAUGGGCACAUUUGGCUGGUAAACAACAGCAUCCUUUGGAACCCCGUGAAAUUCCUUUUCCUGUUACUGAUCCCCUGAAUCCGAAAAUUGAAAUGAAGCAGUUUGCGAAUAUCGCUGCUGUUCUUCGCUAUCGUGGAGUCCAUAGUGCUAAAAAAACGGCCUUUGUAAUCUUGGAUAGUAAGGGGAAAGAGUUUGCGUCUAGCACAUGGGAAAAGAUUGCUUCCCGAGCGGAAAAGGUUGCUCAAGUCAUACGCGACAAGAGUGGUUUAUUUAGAAGCGACCGAGUUGCCCUUAUGUAUCGUGAUAGUGAAGCUAUCGAUUUCAUUGUUUCUCUUUUUGGGUGUUUUAUUGCCGGUGUAGUAGCAGUUCCAGUAAACCACUUCGAUGAUUUCAACGAGCUAACAUCCAUCUUCGCGACUACCGGCACUCGAUUAGCUUUGACCACUGAUGCUAACCUGAAGAGCUUUCAACGGGAUCUUAAUGCUAAAAAGUUACAUUGGCCGAGAAACGUAGAGUGGUGGAAAACAAAUGAGUUUGGUGGGUUCCACUUUAAAAAGAAAGGUGACUUACCGCCCUUACAGGUACCAGAUCUCGCUUAUAUUGAAUUUUCUAGGUCUCCACUUGGCGAACUACAUGGUGUAGUCAUAUCUCAUCGGACUAUUUUACAUCAAAUGAACUGUUUUGCGGCCACUCUUUCUACUGCUCCUUCCUACGAUUCUGAUAAAUUGGAUUAUUUAUCCGUGGAUCGUGAAUAUUUUGAAGGUGUUAGUAAGGCUGGUUUAUUUUUGACUUACUUAGAUUUACGUCAAGCUAUUGGCUUAAUUCUCGGUGUUUUGCAUACGGUGUUUUCGGGUUACACAACUGUAUGGUGCCCACAAAGUGCUGUUUUUGUGCCUGGUUUAUGGGCAAAUAUCGCUACACGAUAUCGUGCAAACUACAUGGUGACUGACUACGCUGGUUUGAAGGCAGUAGCUUAUAAUUACCAAAACGAUCCGAAGGCUACUCUCGGAUUUAGUAAAAAGCAGCCAGUCGAUCUUUCAGCAUUGAGGAUGUGUAUGGUUGAUUGCCUUAACGUCGAUUGUGAGUUCCAGGAAAUUGUAUCCGAUCGGUGGUUAAAACCAUUAGGUAACCAUAAUUCUCGUGCAACAUUGGUACCUCUUCUAUGUCUCCCAGAACAUGGUGGUAUGGUUAUCUCUAUGAAGGAUUGGGUAGGUGGAGAAGAGUUUAUGUCUCCUAGAGGAUUCCAAGUUCCUCGUACUCCGGAAAAUGAAAUUGCUGAAGUGCUGUUGGAUAAAGAAUCGUUGAAGCUUAAUGAAGUCGUUGUUUUGGCUGAAGAUGAGAAAGCUCGUCGUCAAUCGAAACACCCUAGUACUAUUCGACUUGGAGCAUUCUGGUAUCCUUUUGUUGAUGCUACCUUAGCAAUUGUCGAUCCUGAGACUCAAGUAUUAUGCAUACCUAAUGUAGUUGGUGAGAUUUGGGUAGAUUCUCCUUCAUUGUCUGGUGGGUUCUUCGGUUUACCUAGACAAACUGAAGCUAUAUUUCAUGCAAAAACUUACUUUAUAUCUUCUGAUACUUUUGAACCAAUUGCUUCGAAUCAGGAAUUUUUGCGAACUGGGUUGCUAGGAUUUAUCCAUAAAGGUAAAAUCUAUGUAUUAGGUUUAUAUGAGGAUCGCCUUCAACAAAAAGUUGAAUGGGUCGAUAACGGGAAGCAGGACACUAUAUUUUUUCAUCAUUAUACAUCUCAUUUGGUUACUACUAUCAUGCGUACAGUAACUAAAGUUUUUGAUUGCUCAACUUUUGACAUAUACGUAAACAGUGAGCAUUUGCCCGUUGUUUUACUGGAGAGUCCAGCAGCAAGCGUGCCAGCUGAAGCAGGUGGUACUCAGUUUUUACUAAACUAUGAUAUGCUGAAUCAAAUAACCACAGAAUGUAUCGAAUGCCUAUUGGAAUAUCAUCAGGUUCGUGUCUAUUGUGUGUUGAUUUGCGCUCCAUUCACGUUACCAAGAGUGACUAAGAACGGUAGACAGGAAAUCGGAAAUAUGAUGUGCCGAAGGGCUUUUGAGCAUGGUACACUUCCAUUUGUUUUUGUAAAGUUUGCAGUUGAACGUGCCGUCCUUAAUCUUCCAGUAGGUGAAGAUGCCAUUGAUGGUAUCUGGUCAAACUAUGCUAGUAAUAUUCGACAAAAUUUCCUUUUUGAUCAAGAACUACAAUAUAGUGGUUACAUCGAGCGUUCAAUUCAGUUGGAUGGAAAAACAUUGGUCAAUAUAUCAUCAUACAGAAGUAUAUUGCACAUACUUCAGCUUCGUGUAAAAGAAAAUGCAGAUGAUAUCGCAUAUGUAACUAUAGAUGGACGUGGACGUGAGGGAAAAAACAUAACUUGGAGAAAAUUCGAUCAAAGAGUUGCAACCGUGAUUCGAUAUUUGCAAAAGAAGAAGUACCUAAAGACUGGAAGAGUUGUCGUACUAAUGUAUACGCAUUCUGAAGAUUACGUUUAUGCUUUAUACGCUUGCUUUUACUUAGGUUUGAUUCCUAUACCUGUUCCUCCUUUGGAUAAUACUCGGCUCUCUGAAGACGUUCCGGCGUUCUUGUUUCUCAUAAAGCGGUAUUAUGUCAGUGCUAUUUUGCUAAAUUCGGAAGCUGAUAUGGCAAUCCGAGGUAAGAAUGCAGCGCAACACCUGAAGCAGUCAGCUAUGGCUGCUAAAGUGGUUCUUCCUUCGUUUAUAGUCACUUCUAAGUUGAGCAAACAAACGAAGAGUAUUAAAGAAUUAGGCGUAACGUUGGAUCCUGUAUGCUUGGACCCUGCUUUUCCUGCAUUGGUAUCGGCGUACUGGUCUCCAGAUCACAAAAUAACUUUAACGGCUUAUAAUCAUGAAACGUUGCUCUCUUCAUGCCAAAUUCAGAAGGAAACAUGCCAAAUGACGCACAAAAGGCCUGUACUAGGUCAUGUACGGAGCAUGAGUGGUAUAGGCUUUUUGCACACCUGUCUCAUGGGUGUAUUUCUAGGAACAACUACAUACUUGUUGUCCCCUUUGGAUUUUGCGAAUAAUCCGCUUUUGCUUUUCCAAAUAAUCUCCAAGUAUAAAAUCAAAGAUACGUAUGCUACGUUUCAAACACUAAAUUAUGUUCAGAAUAUGCAACCCACCAAAUGGCCAAAUCUAUCUUGCUUAGAAAAUUUAAUGAUACCUCAUGACGGACGAGUCAAUGCUUUUUACAUUUCUGAAUUGCAAAAGUUCUUUAUGAGAUAUGGCGUAAGUCCGUUUGCUUUUAGUAUUUUAUACAGCGGCUGCCUUAAUUCCUUUGUUACUACAAGGUCUUAUAUGGGAGCUACUCCUACUAAAUACUGUGUUGAUCUUCGUGCGCUGCGUCAUGGGUUAGUACAGCCUUGUGACUCUGAAAAUAAAACGUACUCCUUACCUCUUUUGGACUCGGGAAUGGUUCCAAUAUCUACUCAAGUUGCCAUUGUUAAUCCAGAUACUAGGGAGCUAUGCCGUCUAGGUGAAUAUGGCGAAAUUUGGGUACGUUCGAGUGCCAAUGCCAUUUCCUUUUUCCAAUCCAGUGAUCCAGUCGAUAUGAUGAGGUUUAAUGCUUCUUGUAACAAUGAAUUCAUUGGUAAUGGGCAAUACGUGCGUACCGGAGAUUUGGGAUUCCUCCAAAUUACAUCCCAAUCAAUGGGACCUGGUAACCCGAUUGUUGAUAUGCAGCUAUUAUACGUUUUGGGUCCCGUAGGAGAGACAUUUGAGGUUAACGGAUUAAGCCACUUCCCUCCUGAUAUUGAAGAUACAAUUGAAAGUAUUUUGGAUGAGCACCAAAUCAUCGUUGACACUGUCGCUUUUACAUCUCGAGGAAACUUCCCUCGAUCUCGUCUGCGUGAGAAACAACGAGGUAAGAUUCUCGCUUCAUGGAUUACUAGAAGAUUACGCACAACACAAAUAUUUUAUAUUAGGGGUUCUGCUGAUAAGUCACAAGAAACAUACAUCCCUUAUUUUAGUUCAAAUACUAGUGCAACACCUUCCAUUAGUUCGAGAAGUACGGCAACUCAACGAGUUUUUUGA